AUGGUGUCUCGCGACGAAAAUGAAGAAGAAAAACAGUUUUGUAUUGUUAAUGUGGCAACUACGAUGGAAAAUCUCGCACAAACUGUCGAAAGAGUCGACCUUCUCACAUUUGUAGAUGUUUAUGAGCAGCUUUGCAAAUUUAUCGGAAUGCUGGGAAAGAUUUUCGAGUUCGUUGAGCAGGAUGUGCGUCAAAAGAUUGCAAAUCUCAAAAUUUUGUACGAAAAAGAUCCGGACGCAUACAGCUCAAUUCAUUCGAUGGUUGAACACGAAGUUUCUCAAAAAGCGUUGCACAAAAACAGCGGAUGCCAUGCAAUUUUGCAUUUAAAUAGGGCUCUUGAGUUUAUUAUGGAUUUCAUGCAUUCCGCAAGCACCGCCUCCAAUGAAGAUAGCAUCGCGAAAAUUUGCAAAGAAACAUAUGACGGAACAUUGGCGAAAUUUCAUCCAUGGGUUAUCAGGACUGCCGUCAAAUUGGCUGUUUAUACGCUUCCGCCACGCGAAAAGCUUCUAGAAUUAAUUAAAGGAGAUCUCCUUCAUGAAGACGACGUUCGCGAGAAAAUCUUCGUCGUCGUCGAAAAUGGCAAAAUCGUUCAUGAGAGAAUCAAUUCGAUCUACACAACUCACGAUUUGCACAAAAUUAUGAUAAAUUCUGGAAUGAUUGAAGAAUGCAUUGCGGGAAGUGCCAUCACAGAUAUCGCAAUUAGCCCCAACAAUUUGUUUAUUGUAACAGCUUCCGGAUAUGCAUGUGAGAUUUUGCAAAAAGAAAGAAGACGGGAGAAUCGAACGAUUUUGUCUCACGAAUCUCCAGUUGUAUCGGUUUUCUUUCUAUCAAAUUCAAAGUUUGUCGCGGUUAACGAAAAUGGCGAAGUGUGUGAAUAUCAAAUCGAUGAAUCGACAAGGAAUGUUGAAAAAAUCGAAUCACGACGUGUCACGGCGUUUCCUGUCAUCGCGGCGUUUCCGCAAAAUAUUCAAGAAAACGAGGAAUAUGACUUGUGGAUUGUAAUAAAGAAGGAGAAUAAAAUAAUUGAGGAAGCUGUUGAAAUCUGCUAUACAGGAAAGAAAAGCUCGCUGGAAUUGGUGUUGGAGAUUCCGAAAGACAUUCGAAAAGAACAGAUUCAUAUCAAUGAGAACGUCGUCUCAUAUUGUUCGAGUAGCUAUGUGAAAGCAGUUUUAUUGAAUAAGGAAAAGAAAAUUGAGAAGAAAACCCAAUUCACAUUAAAAAACAAAAAUCAAAACUUUGAGCAAAAAUUUAUUCGACUUUCUGCCGAGGGCAAUUAUUUAGCAGUUGUUCUCUCAAACGGCGGUGUAUACCAAUGGUCAAAUUUGCGCACGGCUGGUGUCUCGGACACGUUCCAUUCGUCUCAUUGGCACAAAGUCGCCCCUCAAAUCGUCGUCACCAAAUUCGGCAAUAUUUUGACGGCUGGUGCAGAAUGCGCGUUGGCGCGAUUCACCAAGGGUGUCAAAGAGCCCACCAUUUUGCCGCGACUCGUGGCGCCGAUAACUCGAAUGAAAUUGUCGCCGGAUUCGUCGUCACUUGUCCUUGUUAUGGAAGACAAUUCAAUUCACAUCGUUCUCCUAGCCACUAUGGCCAUUGAAGCUUCAAUGUCGGCAUUUGAAUAUUGUUCGAGAUCGUUCAACACAAUAUUCUCAUUGGAUUGCGCUUCUUCCAAAUAUGGAAUUAUGAAUGCUGCUCCUGGCUCAAUUCAAUGGGUUGAUGUUUUCUCCGGAAAAUCGGCAUUCAAGAUGUCUGUUACUAUGGAAAAUGCAGUUGAUGGUGAUAUGAGUCUCGUCGGCAUUAAUCAAGCAUAUCGCGAUGUUUGCCGAAUUUCGCUCGGCAAGGACGUGAUGGCGACUAUUGAGCAGUAUGUCCAUUUUGAUGGAGAUAGUCACAUCAGAUUCUGGAAACGCAAUAGUUAUCGAGAUGCUAGCCAUGUUGCCACGUAUGCAGUUCCGAUUGACACAGAAUUUGUUGCCGCUUGCAAGGAUACUAGUGUACAAUUUGGAAAGACGAUUGUGACAGCGACAAAAAGUGGAAACUUGAGUGUUUGGGAGUUUGACGAACAAGAUCUUGAUGUUCGCGAAGAUUGUUCGAGAAAACGGAAUUGGCAGGAAUCUCCGAUAAAUGCGAUCUCGUCGAUUUCGGGAAGCGGAAUGUUUGCCAGUGCACAUGAUUCGAAUAUUGUUUUAUGGAAUGUCGAAGAUAUGAAAAUCCAAGAUAUAAUCAGUGCUGGAGACAAGAUUUUAUCGCUCGAAUUCUUUAAUCGAUAUUUGAUAGUGGCGACCGAAUCGAGCGUGACAUGCUUCGACACACUAUGCUUAUCAAUUAUUUGGAGGGUCUUGCAACGCGCCAAAGUGCACAUUUCGGCUCAGGCUUGUUUCGCAUUCGAUCGUGAGCAUGUGAUGCAGUUUGAAGCGAAGAGCGGCCGCGUUUUGAACAGCUUCAAGUUCUCGGUGCCCGUCGAUGAGCUGCUCGUCGUGAAUGCUGGCAAAGACUUUGCCUAUCUCGCCAAAACGAGCAAGGGAAUUCUGAGAAUGAAGACGUCGGCAACGGCGACGACACCGGCUCGUGUUGAGGAUGACCCGAUGGAAAUUGAGACGCCGUUCCAGAAGCUCGGAAAACUCAAAGAGGAUGACACGCCGAUUCCAGUUGACAUGAAGCUUGUUAAAACUCCGAAUCCCGACGGUGAUCGAUUAUUCGGCGGUCCUGUUCAUUCGCUUCCUCCGAUUUCAUUCCUCGCCCCGCUUUUCAUUGAAAACUCGCUGCUACCGCCAGCAGUUCGAACUUCUUAA